UUUAUAGAAUGGAUAAUAUAGUUGCAUCUUUAUUAGCCUCCUCAUUGUUAGUUGGUUUACCAAGUAUAUUGUUUUUAUUUGUAUUAUUUGGUUAUUAUUAUUUUUUUGUAAUGAAAAAAAAAAUAUCAAACAAAGAAUCUUUACCACCAAUCAUUGGCAUAUAUAUAAUGCGUUGCAUUUAUUCACUUACCCAAUAUUGGGAAAUGAUUAUACCACAACUAAAAAUGUAUAGAAUUGCAAAUGACCAUAUAGUAUUCCAGUGCCUUAGUGUAGUGUUUACCCUUAAAGUAAUCGAUCAUUUAAAAGAUGGACCAUUAAACAUUAAACAAUUAGCAAGAUUAACAAAGUCAAAUGAAAAUAAUUUAUUUAGAGUAAUGCGUGCUCUAACUCAGGAAAAGUUCUUUAGCUACAAUGUUAUUGAUGGAACUUUUGCAUUAAACAACUGUUCAAGAAUUCUAAGCAGUCCAGAUUUCAAUAAGAACCAAUCCGAUGAAAUGGGAUGUGUAUUUUCAAUGCUAGCCUAUCCAACUUUUAUUGAUGCAUGGAAAUCAUUAAAAGAGUGUGUCGAGAAUGGUGUAACUGGUUUCCAAAACAAACAUGGUGUUAGUUUCUUCCAAUAUAUCGAUGAAAAAGAUACAUAUAUCAAAAAGAUCUUUGACAGUGCAAUGAAACAGAGAAAUAAUGCAACUAAAAUUUAUGCUCAAAUCAUCCAGGGCUAUGAUUUUUCACCAUAUAAAAGAAUUUGCGAUAUAGGUGGAGGUGUAGGUCAUUUAGGCUAUCAAAUUGCAGGCUACAAUCCACACUCACAAGUAUUUGUUUUAGAAUUAGAGGAAACUGUAAGAAAUGGUUUGGAUUUAAGUAAAAUCGAUGAAGUUAAAAGACAACUAAUAGAGGAGAAACGUUUAGUUUUCAAAGCUGGAAAUAUGUUUAUCCCACGUUCAAUUCCAGCAGCAGAUCUUUAUAUUAUGAUGCAGGUUCUUCAUGAUUGGAAUACAAAUGAUUCAAUUAAAAUCUUAUCCUCAGUAGCAUCAGCCAUGCGAAUAGAAAGAUCAAAUAGUGGAAAUACCCCACGUUUAUUAAUAAUAGAUUCAAUUUUAGAUGAUAAUAUGAAUGAAGAUACUUUUAAGCGUCAAUGUAUACCAGAUAUUAUUAUGAUGGCAAUUGUGGGUGGCGAAGAAAGAACAAAAUCCCAAUGGUUCCAUUUAUUAAAAGAGAGUGGAUUAAAAUUAGAAACAAUAAAGAAAUUCAAUCGACCACCAUUUUUAUCUUUAAUGGAAGUUACAUUAAAAUAAAAACAAAUGAAAUAAAAUAACAACUAUAUAGAAUAAUUUUAAAUAAAAAUGUAUAUAGAUAUAUUAAUUU